GUUCAUUUAUAAUGGGAAGUCAGCAGUGAUUGAGAUUGACUGCUCCAACAGGAAGGAUAUGAUGCAGCUUCUAUAGCUUGUGGCAAACUUGCUUUUCCGUGCACAUUAACAAUGCGGCUGAAGCUGCCAGAAGUAAUUAAUCUGAGAGUACUUUCCCGGCAGUGAAUAAAGCGAGUGGGUUUUGACGGAGCAAGAAAGAGUUUAGAAGAACUAAAAGUGACUUUUGUUGUUACUGCGGAGACGUGGCAGAAGAAUCAGCUGUUAACUGUCAAGCGCGUCCGAACCUGUUUUGUGGCUGCGAGGACAGUCGACUGUGUAUGGAAAAAUUGUAAAUGAUGAAAAGCGAUUACAGGUGUUCCUUGACGUUUCUGGCAUUUUUGUGUAUGUUAAAAGGUACAGCUUGUGAACUGUGCUUUGUUCGAGCAAGUCGUGCUCACAAGUUUGUUCCAGAGGGAAGCAGUCUCAAGUUGAGCUGUGAAGUACAGUGUGGGGUCCUUAGCUGGACUGGAGGAUGGGUUUUCCAGGAAAUGCAGAGCACAGGAUUUACUCGCCUCACCCCCUCAGAACGAAUCAAGCUGUCUAAUUACAGCUCAACAGCCAAUAGCACACAUCUGUUAGUCCACAUUCACAACAUCAACCAGUCAGAUGCUGGAUCAUACAAGUGUGAGAUAACCUGGACUCAAAGGGACUUAACUAGCAAUGGGCAUGUGACAUAUGUUAAUGUGACUGCUGCAGCAUCGGUAGACUCAUCGGGAAGAAACCUCUCUCAUAGAAUUCUGCUAUGCCUUAGUGCCUCAAUGUGCUUUCCUCUUGUUCUGGGGUUAGUUUGGUGUCUGACCCGGGAUCAUCCACCACCACCCCCUGUCCCGCCUCGCUCCUACACUUCCUUUGCAACGAGAGUGAAACCAAAAAAGGAAUUGGUGUAUGCAGAAGUUACAUUGAAAAAUUCAAGACGGCAGAACGAUUGUCCAAAACAAGUGCCUGAGCCAACUGUUUACUCCUCUGUGCAUUUCUCCUGAACAAAGACUUCAUCUUACAUUUCUAUCUCACAUGUGGCUGCGGGUAUUUUUGAAUACCAGAACAAACAUGACUGUAAACAUAGUGGCUGUACAGCUGCAAUGUUAGACACAACACGAUUGAGAAUAUAUCAAACUUGUGAUCCUUUGAAAUGUGAAUUUUAGCAAUGUUACACUUCGAUUUAAUAUAGUUGUUAUGCCAUUUAUGAUGGUGUUUAUUAUCCAGAGAUGCCCGUAAGAUGUGCUUUGUGUAUAUGGAUUGUGUGAUUGUACCUGAAAUAAAUGGCAUUGGACAAAUUUUUUCGAUUGAUUUAGACAACAGACCGCUAUUUGACACAAAAUACAUUUUAUUUUAUAAUAAAUUCUUAAUGGCACAUGCCAUAAACAAAUAUACAUAUACAUCAUCUUUUAAUUUGUUUUUGACUCUGUAUUUUUUUUUACGUAACAUCAACAACUUUUAAAAGCAAUAAAUUAUGGCAGUACAAACAUAUAUGCCAUCACAUUUUAUGUGAAUGUUCUUACUAUUGUACAAGAAUAUUUAACUCGCUCUCUGCAGUCUAAUGCCCUCACCAAUAAGUACCGCUGAAAACUAACAACUGAUUCAUGAGGAAUGAGGAGACACACAUUUGUAAAUAAAUAACACAAUUUCCGAAAAAAAAAGAAAAAAAAGAAAUUCAUUCAAAACAUUCUUCUGCCAACCAUGGUUGAAAAAUGGAAAUUCAUUUUUGUACAUCCACCAUGUUGAUUUGUCUCUGUUUUCUGGCCUGGUUUCACAGACAGUGCUUAGAUUAAGCCACGAUUAAGCCUGACUUUCACACUACAAGCGUUGAGGACUGUAUUUCACUAACACAG